AAUAAGUUAAUUCGUGACAUUUCCUCGCUACUAAAUAAUCCACGGUCAACUGUUAGUGGUAUUAUAACAAAGUGGAAGCAACUGGGAACAACAGCAACUCAGCCACGAAGUGGUAGGCCACGUAAAAUGAUAGAGUGGGGUCAACACAUGCUGAAGAGCACAGUGUGCAGAAAUCGCCAACUGUCUGCGGGGUCAUUAGCUAAAGACCUCCAAACUUUGUGUGGCCUUCAGAGAGCUUUAUGGAAUGGGUUUCCAUGGCUAAGCAGCUGCAUCCCAAGCUUUGCAUUACUAAGUGCAAUGCAAAAAGUCAGAUACAGUGGUGUAAAGCACGUAGCCACUGGACUCUAG